AUGGCUGCAGUCGUUUCAUUGUCGAAGUCAAUCAACAAGAAUUGCCUAACUACACCACCGAAAACUGUCACUGCACCAUAUUCUUCAAAAGAAGGUAAACCAGAUAUUGGUCGGUGGGCUACCAAAUGUUGUUCUCUCCCGGUAUCGGGGUCUUCGUCGACAUCACUAUCGGCGCUGCCUUUCCAAACGAGUAGCGCUCCGAGACCUCGCCAAUUUACUGCUUGCGACGAACCUGAAACACAACUCCGAAGCCCCAGCGUUGAGAAAAAGGAAGCGCUGCGAAAAAUGCUCACACGACGGAGCGCGUAUGUCCUUAACCAGAUGAGCAAGCCCAACGAAUGGAACGUUACUCAGUUGAUAGUGCCAAGCGAGAACGACUACCGAAAUGAUCCCGCCUAUAUGAUAAGCGUCACCCAUUUUGCGCGGGAAAUGAAUGGUAUGGAGAAGAAAUCUAAUUGCCAGAAGCCAGCAAGUUUGGUUCUGUCGGUCUCUGACAAGAAAGCGAAAACACAAGAACAACUGCGACGCAGCUGGAGAAACGACAUCAAAAAGCUUUUCGACCAUUACGAGUAUCAUUGUUCUUUCUCCUAUCGACGUCCUGCUCGUGUCCAGGAAGAUUUAAACCCUGUUGAUCAGUCCGGAGAAAAGGAUAACGAGACAAGUCACGGAGGAAGUGGUACGGGAAGCAGCAAUGUCAACGCUUCGCUGGACAGGGUCACCCGUCGACAUCGUCGCUCAAGCAAUUUUUCGCGAUCAUCGGGCCUAACCGACCCUCCAACUCAGAGAAAGAUCAGGUCACGUAGGUCGUCUAUCCUGUCGCAACAAAGUUCGGGCAUCGUGGCUGGAGUUGUGCGGACUGGGAAUGCGCCAAAGGAGUAUGCGAGGACAAUCAGCACGGAUUCAACCCGAAGCAGUGUCUCCUCCCAGAAACCAAGUCAUGUUUAA